AAAAGAAAGUAGGAGUAAAGUAGGGGUUCGAGAUUGCCUGAUGUUUUGCUCUGUUUUUCCUUUGAUUAUUGUGGUUUCUAAUAGGCUGUUUUUCUUGUUAUUAUGUUUGUCCUAUGUGGUUUGAAGUGUAUUCUUAGAUUUGGCUGGAAUCCUUCAUGUGUAGGGGAUUUUGUGGUGUUCAAUUCUUGUAAUUGCCCCUGUUGUUAAUGAUUUCUCCUCAUUGUCUACAAAAAAAAGUAGGGGAAUUUACAAGCUAGCUCUAGCUCCGCAGAUUGAACAUGGGAGCUACAGUUUCCCCGAUUGCUAAUCUUCAACUUCUUAACCGUCAUAACUACGAAGAUUGGAGUUUCCAGGUGAAAUUGUACCUGUUAGCUAAAGAUGUUUGGGACGUUGUAGAAGCAGCAACUGAACCACCAACACCAGAAGAUGGUGAGGCUGAGUUUAGGGCUUGGAGGAAGAAUAAUGCCAAGGCUUUACUUGCAAUCCGGACGUGUUGCGGGGAUGAUACCUACCCUAUAAUCAAGGCCAUUACCACAGCCAAAGCUGCCUGGGAUGUGUUGGCUGAAGAGCUAAAGCCUUCUGAUUCUGAAGAGAUAAAGCCUUUUGAUUCUGAAGAGCUAAAGCCUUCUGAUUCUGAAGAAGAAACAGGGCAUAAUAAUAAUGAUGAUGAGAGCGAUGUGAAGUAUGCUCCUUUGUACGAUAGUUUGAAGCGUGGUGAUUGGAAUGCUGCAAAGGAGUUUAUUGAUCGACACGAAGAGGCACUAACACAUAGAGGUUCAUCAAGCGGUGGGACAGCUCUUCACGAAGAGGCACUACACAAUGUGGAAGAGUUGUUGAAGCUGAUGACAGAAGAGGACUUGGAAAUUCAAGAUGACAAUGGUUGCACAGCUUUUUUCUAUGCUUUUGCAAAAAGGAAUGGCCCCAAUAGUUGCCAAAAUGGUUAAAAAGAACAAGAGUUUAGUUACCAUGCGUUUUACCAACGUAGCAGGAAAUAAGACUCCAGUUUUAGUCGCUUGUGCCUUGGGCCAUUGGGAAAUAGCUCGCUUUCUCUAUUCUCGCACUCCAAUCCAUGU